AUGGCACAGCCCAUUAGCACCGCCAGAGGAAUCUGUAGACACUUUCCGCAGAAGCUGUCUUCAAACGAGAUGGUCGCUGGAGCCCGCCUGCCAGCAACUUGGUCUACCUUUGGAUCCUCAGUCGCUGCAGAAACCUUUUCCUCUGUAGAAUCGUCCUCUACUGCGAUGACGGUGAGCGUUGACUCCUCGAUCUUGACCGCCGCGAGUUCUGGCGUGCCAUCUUUCGCUGAACGUUUGCGCCUGGACGACUUGAAAAACGAAAUGGUUGCUCUCUUGGCGUUCUUGGCUUUGCCCAUCGUCAACGUUGAAUUUACUGCUGCUGCUGGUGAGGAUAUCCGCCGAGUCUCCAAGCCACGAAGUUGUGGAAUGGUUAUUCAGUAUUGA